AUGAUCGCUGCCCGCCCCCGAUUGGGUUUGUUUUCAGCGCUGCGUGCCUCUCCCUACACGCGCCGCUUUGCGACUGAUUCGCGGUUAACCUCGGACCAUGUCCGCAUCGUGGAGGUCGGUCCUCGAGAUGGACUGCAGAACGAGAAGAAGUCCAUCUCGAUGGAUACAAAGCUGGAGCUAAUUCGCCGACUGGCCACGACCGGCGUCACUACUAUCGAGGCCGGUUCAUUUGUCCCCGCCAAAUGGGUACCACAGAUGGCAAGCACAUCGGAAAUUUGUGAGCAUUUGCUCACUACACCGCCGAAAUCGCAAGAUACGAUCGCAUACAACUAUCUUGUUCCUAACAUCAGAGGAUUGGAGAGCCUAGUGAAGAUCAUGGAUACCACAGGCGUUCCCGCCGAUGCGACUGGGUCAACAUCGAAGGCUGCUACAACAACCGAGGUCUCUCUUUUUGCAGCAGCCACUGAAGCAUUCUCGCAAGCCAAUACCAACUGCUCAAUUGCCGAGUCACUUGAGCGAAUUAAGCCCAUUGUCUCACUAGCAAAGACGAAGGAUAUCCGAGUCCGCGGUUAUGUCUCGGUCGCCCUCGGGUGCCCCUAUGAGGGCCCGGGCGUGGAUCCUGUCAAGGUCGCCGAGAUCACUGCCACUCUGCUUGAAAUGGGAGCGGAUGAGGUUUCGGUUGCGGAUACCACUGGUAUGGGCACUGCGCCGCGCACCAUGGAGCUUCUCCUCGCACUCAAGGCAGCUGGUAUUGCAAACACAGAUUUGGCUCUGCAUUUCCAUGAUACCUAUGGGCAAGCCUUGGUGAACACAAUCGUUGGCCUGGAGCAUGGUGUUCGCAUCUUUGAUAGCAGCGUCGGCGGUCUUGGUGGCUGUCCGUAUUCCAAGGGCGCAACAGGAAAUGUGUCGACAGAGGAUCUUGUCCACACAGUUCAUAGCCUGGGAAUGCACACGGGGAUCAGCCUGGAGGAGAUGUCAAAGAUUGGAUCUUGGAUCAGCGAAGAGUUGGGCCGGGCUAAUGGGAGCCGCGCUGGAAAAGCGACUGUCUCUCGUCUCUCGACGGAAAAGGCAUCCCUUUAG